GACAGUUUACCAUUUUAAUGAAGCUGAAAACCCCCAUGAAUCUUUCGAUUUCACCUCUUAGUUUACCUCUUACUAACAAUCAAACAUGUCAUCAAGCCGACACUACGUGAGGAAAAACCUCUUGAAGCAAAUCCCACUUUUUGGACUUCCUUUCUGGGUUUUCAUCAUAAUCUUCGUUGUGUUGAUCACCGCAUUGAUUCUCGUAAUCCUCUGUUUUGUCAUGUUCAUUUCUCGUCGAAGAAAACCCAACGCUUGUCUACCAUUAAAUCCUGCAUUAACAGCUCCCAAGAACUACCGGAACCCUUACAGUACUUCAUCGCUGGACAGGAGGCAGCUUCUGUCCAACGGGUUUUCUGGGAUCGAACUGAACAUUUCCAAGCCAGAGCUUCAGGUGAUGCUGUCAGAUGAGCAGUGGUCUACUAACGGGGUUAGUGCAGCAGCUGGAGGGAGGAGACCGGCGGCAGAUUUGGAACCGGUCUCUGGGUUCUGGACUGUGACUGCAGUGGCAGCCGCGCUGAGGGGUAACAGGUUUAGCUUGACGGAGAUUGAGAUGGUGACUAAUGGUUUUGCUUAUGAGAAUGUUAUUGGUAAUGGAGAUUAUGGGGUUGUUUACCAUGGCAUUUUGUUGAAUAACACGCGAGUUGCUGUUAAGAAGCUAUUUGCUAACAGUUUCCAAGCUGAGGAGGAGUUCAUAACACAAGUUGAAAGAAUUGCGCAGGUUAGACACAAGAAUCUGGUGAAACUGCUGGGAUACUGCCUAGAAAGAGCUUACAGGAUCCUUGUAUAUGAAUACAUAGAUAACGGUAAUCUACACCAGUGGCUUCACGGAUCUGUAGGACCAACCAGGCCUCUAACUUGGGGUAUAAGGAUGAACAUUAUCCAAGGAAUAGCAAAAGGGUUAGCCUACCUCCAUGAGGAUAUGGAGCCAAAAAUAGUCCAUCAAGGCCUAAAGUCUACCAACAUUCUGCUUGAUCACCAAUGGAACCCCAAGAUCUCUGAUAUUGGAUUGAGUUGGCUUCUGGGUCAUGACAACAAUUGUUUAGCAACUCAAGCAAUAACUAUGUCAGGUUAUAAAGAUAGAGAACUUGCUUCACCCGGUAUUUUGAAUGAGAGAGAUGAUGUUUAUAGCUUUGGAAUACUUAUGAUGGAGAUUAUAACUGGAAGGAUCCCUCUAGAUCACAGCCAGCCCCAAGUGUACUUGGUCGACUGGUUGAAGUCAAUGGUGGCCAACCAGAAAAUUAUUCAUAUAUUGGAUCCUAAACUGCCAGAAAUUCCUUGUACAAAGAAACUGAAACGAAUCGUCUUGAUUGCUCUUCGCUGUGUUGAUGGUGAUCUGAAACACAGGCCUAAAAUGGGAGAUGUAAUUCACAUGUUCGAGCCGGGUGACUUGUUGCUGAAUGAUGUAAGAACAUCAUGCAGUUUCCUUUUCAAAAGCUGAUCGGUUCCAUCAAAUUCCCAUUAAGAAAAUGUAGUAAUAAUAUUUUCUUACUUAAUUUUCUUUAAUACAGGAAUUGGAUC